AUGGACUACGGCGAAGGCGAAGCCCGAACCGGCGAUAGCAGUGGCGUAUCCUCCACUUCCACGUUUCACUCAAAGAGCUUCGGAGCAGCUUCUCGACCUGUCGACACAAAAAAUGUUGACAACUUGAUUCGCCGGUUGACACCCGGCGAAUCGACGAUGAACGACUGGGUUCGUACCAAUGCAUUUGCCGACCGCAACACAAUUGUAGAUAUGAGUCUUAGGCUUCCUCGAUUCGUACUGUGUGUUGUGGUGGCCUUAUUUUUUGCAUUUGGCUUUGCGCUACUCACGAGCAACAAAAAAACUCUAACAUACGUAUACGAAUACAAAUUGUCCAUUAACGAGACGCUAUCAGCCAAGGCAUCCUCCAUCGUUGAGGACUACAACACCCUCUUUGGUUACAUCCUAUUUUCAGGCGGAAAAAUCUUCGAAGUUUUUUGCGAGACACUCAUCUUCCCCACACUGGCUACAUAUUUGCACAAUUGCAGCUUGUAUCCAGGAGAUCAGCCAGCGCGGAUGUACUCCGUUGUAAAGGCACGCUGCAUCUUUUGGGGACUGAAAACAGUUAUUAUACUUAUGAAUGUUGGCUUUACCAGUGUCUAUGUGGGUCAAACCACUCUUGAAGAUGGGGAUCCUUCGCGACGUCUAAUUGUCUCAGACGCUUUAUCAGCUUGGGAAACGAUGGAAUCGGUUAAUAUUCAUGCAGACACUUUUCAUACAGUUUUACGAACGUUGAUGGUCGGUGCUGCGACUCCUUUUGCGUAUAAAGAGUUUUGCUUAUGGCCUUAUUAUGAUGUUGAUAACUCGAAUGUAGCGCAGCAGUGGCGCAUUUGGGCCAGCGAGUUGGACACCACAUCCGUGAGCUUUAGUUUCCCAUCUUACACAUGGAAUGCUGCACUGCUUUCAUCACAAACAAACGUGCCGACCAUGUCAGCAAAGAUCCGAUUAAAAGACUAUCUGGUUAAAACUGAAAAGUAUGCGAUCUCGGACGACUGGGAUAUCUCUGAGCUGUACACUAUUUAUAGGCAGGGGUUUGAUAAAUUCGACUUAAUCAGUGCUUCAUACAAAAAUGCGACAGCUCCUCAGUCACUUGAAAACCUGAUUUAUUUGAUCGCGGCUGAAUUAAAAGAAGCUUUGCCUAGUAGCCUUCGAGUUGGAGAUGUGGCAUUGAAUCUGGAACUUCGCCAGCUGGCCGGUAACCUCAAAUUUACUAGUUUGACUAUAUCAAUUCCAGUUGAGGCAAAUGGUAUGGGUUCGAUGAUGUGCGGCUCAGUUGGUUGCGUAUACGCCACAUCGACAAGUGUUUUGAAGCAACUUCACCUUCAGCCGGCUAUAUCGAUUGCACAUUACGAAGGGGACGAAAAUUCUGCCUUGUUAUAUGGUAGUGGAAGUCAGUUUAUUAAGGAAAAGAGAGCAGCCUCCAAACCUCACGAGAUGUUGACGCUUUCUUUGGGAAAAUUAGCGUGGCAGUUGGACCGUGACCGUGCAUGUGAAGAUGAUGUCAAUCGACAUUGUCUCGGUCUCAGCCUAUCGCUUGGCGAAAACAACGGUAUUCUGUCGAUCAGAAAGGAAGCGCUGGCCACACAGCAUGUAUCGCAUCCUAUUGCCCUUGUCACGCUGCAUCCAAUUGUGAUCCUGGAUACGACUCGUUUUCACGACAAUGAAUUCGCGUCAUGGUAUCGACUUGUAUCACCGGAUGGAUUGCUUGUGAUUUCGAAUACUUUUGAAUGUAAUUCGCUGGUUGAUGCCUACCUGACUCAUCUGGAGACAAAUCAUUUCUAUUUGGAUGAGAAGCUGUCUCUUGAUAUGUAUUCUGCAGCAUUGUUAUAUUUAGUUCAGCAUGGAGUGCCAACAUUGUCACAAAGACGCCUCGCUCUAUCAGCUGUCACUGCUGAUUUUGGUGAAAGUCCUGAGACCACUCUUACAACAGAUAUUGAAGUGAAUGUGCCUACCGCGACGGCUCUUGUGACAGUGGCUGGAUGUCUUUUCAUCGUACUGCUCAUGUUAUGUGUAAUUUACCUGCCAACGGCACGCGUCAAAUUAUCACCUGACACGACACCAGCCGCGCAGUACGUGCAAAUUUUAACGGAUGAUCUGUACCCAGACGUCGUUUACAAAAAACGUUUGCGAUUUGUGAACGGUGAUUGUCUUUUGUUUAAUGAGUAUGUUGUUGAUGCGAUCGUGCUGCAUGCCAAGCGCGAUCACACCAAAAAAAUAUACCUGUGA